AAAUUCCCACAAAAAUAUAAAAAAAAAUUAAUUACAUAAAAAACAAUAAAAAUUAAAACUAACACAAAACCACCACAACAACAAGAAGAAGAGGAAUAAUCACAGAGUUCAAACUUUUUCUGAUAACCAAAUUUUUCUCUCUGAAUUGGAGAAAAGGUUUUUUAAUUGGGAAUUUGCAUAUAGCAUCAUGAGAUUCAAACGAGGGAGCAUCGUUGAAGUAUUGAGCAAAAGGGAGAUGCCUUCAGGCUGCUGGUGCUCUGCUAAGAUAAUCUGUGGUAACGGCCACAACUACACUGUCAGAUAUGAUGGAUAUGAGGGUAACGCUGAUAACGCCGUUGUGGAGAGGGUAUCCAGAGAUGCCAUCAGGCCUUGCCCACCUUCACUGGAAGUUUCAGAGAAUUUGGUUCCUGGUGAUGUCAUUGAGUUUUUAGACAAUUUUUCUUGGAAAAUGGCAGCAAUUACAAAGGUUUUGGGAAAGGAGUGCUUUUUAAUCAGGCCAGUCGGAUCCUCCCGGCAAUACAAGGUCGGAAAAUUUGAAAUCCGAGUCAGACAGUUUUGGCAAGAUGACAAAUGGGUUGUGAUUGGAAAGGGUUUGAACAAUUAUGAGAAUAAAAAACAUGGUGAAUUUUUAACUCCAAAGUUCAAUCAACAUUCAUAUCGUAAAGCUCAGAAGAAUGAAACGCUGACUGAGUCCUCUCAUCUGAAGAGAAGAUCACCCUACCUGUGUUCUCAAGAUGAAGCAUAUGGUGGACCUGCUGAGAAGUUUAGAGCUGUUGAAAAAGAGGGAAGGUGUCUCCGAGUAAUUGCUGCGAAUUUCUCUACAUUUUCUGAACAGGUAGAUGUUGCUUUACCAGGACGUAUGCAGGGUGGAAAAGAUAUACGUGCUUCUCUUAACAACAGAAAAAGUGUAUUGUCUGAUGUGGAUGUGGAAAGGAGGAAACCAAGUGGUGAUGUUGGGCGUUUGUUUGCUGUGAACCUAAAUUUGAAUGAUGCUGAUGGUGUCACAUGCUCUGUUGGUAGUUGUAGUAUCGAUAGCAAAGAUUUCAUUAAGUUGCCUCCUCCUGUUUCUGCUAGUUCUACUGAAGAUUUUGAUGAUCAGUUUUCCGAUGCCGAAUCUUCUUUUCAAUUGAGAUACGAGGAAGGAAACUCUCUCCUUCCUGCUAAAGAAGAAUUGGCAGAUGAGAUCCAUAGGUUAGAGUUGCAUGCUUACCGUUGCACGAUAGGGGCAUUACAUGCGUCAGGACCUUUAAGUUGGGAACAAGAAGAAUUGGUGACGAAUCUUCGCCUUUCACUCCAUAUAUCAAAUGAUGAACAUUUAAUGGAGCUUAGAAACUUAAUUUCUGGAGAUACCAGCAUUCAUAUUAGAUGACAGGAAAACUGGAACUGCGUGUUUUGAUUCAUAUUUUUCUUGUAGCUGUAGAAUCUCGAUGAGCAUUUUCAUUAAUGACCUCGCUCCACUGUAAGAAACAAGAUGAGAUGUUUUGAUGUCCUUUUAUGUUUAGUUACAACACAUAGUCCAGUUUCAAUGUAGUACAAACUUUUCCAAGUAUGGCUAUUAUUAUCAUACUCUUCGUUGUGGAUCAAUUAUUCUCUUUUUGCUUUUUUCUGGGGUUGUACGGAAUGCAUAUCAAGAUUUAGAGGUUCAACAUAAACCUUACCAUAUGAAGUUUCUGUACUAUUCGCAUAAGCAUUUGGGUAUUAUCAAUGUACAUUGCAAACUGCAAGUAACGACUCUGCAUGUUCUCGUAUGACACAUCUGCACAUAUAGAGUGCUGUAUCCUUUCUUUAUUUGUUGAUUUGUGAGGCUAAUUGCUUUCUCUUCGAUUCUCUAGUGUGAAUAAUAUGUCCCAUGAUUUCAUUUGUGGACAGUAUUAAUGCAUCCACUGCGUUUUCCAGGGACAAAGUAGGAGGCUUGUCGCCUUGCUUUCAAGUCUCCAAAGAUGAUCUUGGGGCUUGCCAGCUUUCUAUCAGCCUAGACUCGAGGGCAAUAGUAAGACAGCUUCUGAUGCUGCUGUUCACAUUAAUAUAUCUGGUUUCUGCUUUCUUCCAUAUCAGGCCACCUGUGAGCCUUAGAUACUUGUUUUACUGGAGGAAGUAAGACAAUCUAGUGGCUGACACAGGAUGACCUGAGAUGUAGAUGCUUGAAAGGUUUUGUUUCAAACCGCUGCCUCAGCACUUCCACUUACAGCUUAUUUGACUUACUGAUAUCAAUUUUAUUCUCCAUCUGCUAUAGAUUUAUCAUGUCAGCAUACAUACAUUUCAUAAUCUUCUUCGUUUCUACGGUUUACAGCUUUUAUUGUCUUCUGUUCUUUCUGUUUCCCGUGUCUCUGGAAGUUGUAGCUUGUCGAGUUUUAUAUUGUAACCUCUUAAAAAUAUGCAAAUAACGUGUGCUACAUCUUUGGGGCAAUUGGAAAAUUGCUUAACAUGUUUUCUUUCUUGUGUACCGUAGCUGCAUGUUUUUCUUUAUUCAAGUAAGUGCCUGAGUACGCCAUUCACUGAAUUAGCAUAGGGUAGUAGACCUAAUGGUAUCUUAUGCUGAUCAGCAGGAAAUGUGUGAUUUAUUUCUCGAUAUUCUUCCUCAGCUUCUGAUUGGGAGUGUUUUAAUCCCUAAUAACCAACUUUCCAAGUGUAAACAGUAAGAAGAUAUCCAUGUCCUGAUAUAUAGGCCAUCUGACUGCCCUACAGCUCUUCAAUUCUUUGUGAUUAUUGUUGUAUUUGUUUGUAUCUUUGGAAGUUAUCAGACAGGUUCUGUUGCAUUGCAUUGCACUGCAUAAGCUUUAGUGACUGGAUCAAUCAUCCAUUUCGACCAGAGUGCAGAGCGAUGGACACUAUGUUCCAAGAAAAAGCGAAUGGAUAACUUCUAAUAAAGCAUCCAUUCACGCUUUUGCUUGCCCCUGAUUGACAAAAAUUGUCAGCCAUGUCCUUGUACUGCAAGAUUUGAACUGAGGUAUGCUUGAAAGGGUUAAACUUGAUACCGAAGGAAACAAAGUUAUCUUUUUCUGUUAAUGAUGCUUUCGACGCAAACUAUAUAUCAGCUCGGAACAAAUCCGGUGUGGAAACCAAGUAGCCAACAAUGAGAAGCAUUCGCUUUUGGUAAAGAUUUGAGGAUUGCUCAAUAGUAUACAUGCUCAUGAAUGCGAGAUGCAAAACAUACUAGAAUCUCGAGCAUGGAACGCAAAAUUUGAUUGUCUCGGCAAUUCCAAAUGAUUCAGCUAAGUAUUGUCACCCCCUCUGGCAAGUCUGGCAUUGUGUGAAAGUUCAUUUGUUUCUAUAUCAGCAGAGCAUUCACUGUUGCUGCAUGCCAUACCAUGAGACCCUACUUCGUUUGUAUCUCGUGAAAAUUUUCAGAGAAUGCGACAAUUUUUUCUGGUUUUCAUAUCUUGUGAAGAUUUAUGGGAAUCGAGAUCCUUUCCGGAUCUCCAAGUCUGGAGCCCGCGGAUCCAAGGAUUUGGGUCGUUCAAAGGGGGGAGAGAGAUCCAGACGUUUGAUUUGUGUGGAGUGGCCAGUGAGAUACAAAAAUAAGGGCCAUAGGAUUUUAAAUGAGUAGUUCAGAUUUUUUAAUCUGCGGACUCCGGACACAAAAAUCCGAAGAGGCUCUCCAUCCGAUUUAUAGGUUCCAACUUUAGGGGUCCGAAGUUCCGAAUUAUUCGUACAUGCAAAACGGGACUGUUUUUAUGGCCCUUAAGACAAAAGAAAAAACAGUUUAAUGGGCCCAAGUUUUUGUUUUCUUGCUAAAGUAGGUUCGGACUUUUGGGUUUCAUGUAUUCAAUAUUUGGUUGCAAGUUGCAACCCACCAUCAGAAGUCAUAUUAAAUUUUGAUAAAGUGA